AUGCAUCUUAUUUUGAAUCAUUUGCUUAUUAUAACAGGUCUGGAGGAUAACAGAUUUGUCAAAGGGAUAAAUGUGUACAAUGAUUCUACUGUUUUAAGUGGAUCACCUGGUCUUGUGCCUCAGGAUCACUCUGAGGGAUUACCUUUUAACUUGGAGAAUUUGGACCUUAGCUCAGUCACAAAUUUGAAAACUAAUAUGGGCUCUUCAAUUAGGGAAUUGCUGCAAUCUGAUGAUUCAAGCUUGGUGGAUUGUGGUUGUGUGAGAUCUACUGCCAUGAACCAGUUGUUGGUAUUGAAAGGUGAUAUUUUGAAGGCAAUAGAGAUGACUGAAUCUGAGAUUGAUUUGCUUGAAAAUGAACUAAAGUCAUUUUCUUCUGAACCUGGGAAUAACUGCCCUUGUCCAGCUUUGCAAAUGGAGUACCAUGCAAAACCUUGUGAAGAACUAGGUGCUGCCUCUAAUUUAAUACCUAGACCUGCAUCGUUGCAAAUUGAUUCUUCUGAAGAUAUGCAUAUGGAGAGGCCACUGAAUGCCCCUGAAAAAGAACUUGUUGAAGUCAAGGAUGAUGAUAUUGAUAGUCCAGGCACUGUCACGUCAAAAUUUUUUGAACCACUUUCUUUGCAAAAAGCAGUAUCUCUGUCUAAUAGAGUGAGAGAUGGUGGUGAAUGUUCGGGAAUGGAUACAACGAGAUCUUGCAACCUGGAAGUCAAAUGUUCAGUGUAUGAUCAAAGUGAGGACAAGACAGGGUUUGACUCUGCUUGUAGGGAUGGUUCUCAGCUGACACCAAACAAUAGUUUGGCUACUCUUUCUACUGAUGGUAGUUCUUUCUGUGAUAGAGAAGAUUUUUUAUAUGAUUUAAUAUUUGCUUCCAACAAACAUUUUGCAGACAGAGCUUCAGAAGUAUUUAAUAAGUUAUUGCCAACCAACCAGUGCCAUAUUGAUAUUUCUGGAGUUGACAGUCUCUAUUGCUCGCAAAAUGGUUUCUUGAUCAAGGAAAAAUUUGUAAUGAGAAAGCGUUUUUUAAGAUUUAAGGAGAGAGUUUUGGCCCUCAAGUGGAGGGCUUUCCAACAUCUCUGGAAGGAAGAUGUGCGCUUGCUUUCAAUUAGAAAAUAUCGUGCCAAGUCUCAGAAGAAGUUUGAUCUGAGCUUGCGUCCUGUGCAUACAGGCUAUACAAAGCAUCGUUCCUCCAUUCGUUCUCGGUUUUCAUAUCCCGCUGGAAAUUUGAAACUGGUCCCCACCACAGAAAUAAUCAAUUUUACAAGCAAGUUGCUUUCAGAUUCCCAGGUCAAGAUCUACAGGAAUACGUUUAAGAUGCCAACCUUGAUCUUGGACAAGAAGGAGAAGAUGAUUUCAAGUUUCAUUUCAAGUAAUGGCUUAGUGGAAGAUCCCUGUGCUGUUGAGAAGGAAAGGUCUAUGAUCAUCCCUUGGAUGCCAGAAGAGAGGGAAAUAUUUAUUGACAAGCUUGCUACCUUUGGGAAAGACUUCAGAAAGAUUGCUUCUUUUCUUGACCACAAGACAACUGCAGAUUGCAUUGAGUUUUACUAUAAAAACCACAAGUCAGAUUGUUUCGAGAAGGCAAAGAAGAAGCCAGAGUUUGCAAAGCAAGGGAAGUCUUAUUGUGCUAAUACCUACUUGGUUACAUCGGGGAAAAGAUGGAGUCGUGAGAUUAAUGCUGCUUCCCUUGAUAUGCUGGGUGCAGCUUCAGCAAUUGCAGCUAAUGUUGAUGAUGGCACUUAUAUUCAGAAAAAAUGUGCCUCUAGGUACUUUUUUGCGCCAUCUAGAGAUUGUAAGGCACCAAGAGGUAAUGAUGGCCUAUUGGGAAGGUCUAGUAGUCCUGAUGUCUUUGAUAAUGAGAGAGAAGCUGUAGCUGCUGAUGUACUGGCUGGCAUCUGUGGUUCACUUUCCUCAGAUGCUAUGAGUUCUUGCAUUACAAGUUCUGUUGACCCUGGAGAGUGCUACCAGGAGUGGAAGUGCCUAAAAAUGGGUUCUUCGAUGAAACAGCCUCUAACCCCCGAGGCAACACAGAAUGUUGAUGGUGAGACUUGCUCAGAUGAGAGUUGUGGUGAGAUGGAUUCUGCUGAUUGGACUGAUGAGGAGAAAUCUAUGUUUAUACAGGCAGUGGCAUCCUAUGGUAAGGAUUUUGUCAAGAUCUCAAGAUGUGUCAGAACAAGAUCUAGGGAUCAGUGCAAGGUAUUUUUUAGCAAGGGUCGGAAGUGCCUUGAAUUGGAUAUGAUUCAUCAUGAACCUGGCAAUCAAGGAACACCGGUCAAUGACGAAGGUAAUGGAGGUGGAAGUGACGCAGAAGAUGCUUGCGUUGUAGAGACUGGCCCAGUUAUAUGCUGCGAGAAAUCGGGUUCUAAGAUGGAUGAGGCGCCAUUCUCAGAUUUGAAGACCAACCAUUGUGCAUCUGAUCCUGCGGAGAUCAUGAAUUUGCCGCCUGACAUAAACCGAGCAGAGGAAAACAAUGGGCCAAUAGAAAUGGAUUCUAAGGAUACUGGGAUUAGGUCAGAAAAUUUGGUUCCUGAUGACUGCCUGGUGGAUGAUAAGCUGGAGCUGGGCCUUGAUGGUGACGGCGAUAUUAAAAAUGGUGUUUAUUGUGAUCCUGUGGCGAUGCAGGACCAGGAAAGUGUUGUUAUGCCCUCAAAUUCAGAAGCUGGACGAGAUAUAGUUAUUGGGCAGAGCACUUCAGAGAAACCUGUAUUUCUUGGAGUGCCAAAUGACAAUGGCCUGCCUACUAGAUCAGGUACCGAGUUUGAGGCUAAACCUGUAGGUGGGGUUUCUGCUGAGCAUUCCUGCGAACCUCUAUUAGGUGAAGGAAGCUUUAAUGAUAAACAAGUUGCAAAUGAUGGUGCUAAUACAUGUUGUGUUAGUGACUCAAAUUGCUCCAUACGAGAUUCUGUGCCUGUGUCUGCUAGAGAUUGUUCCAAUCUUGCUGCUGAUUCACUUUCCUCUCUGGGAUUUGGUGCUAAAUCGGAAUAUCAGCAUAAGAUUGACUUGGAGUUUGAUUCUGCACCAAAACCUUGCAUCACCUUGUUGCAGCAGGAUAAAUUUGUGGCUUUGAAUUCUGUGCCCCAAGAUUCCACUGCAAUUCAAUAUGAGAAGACCCUUAAUAAUGAUACCUUAUCAACGCUUGAUUUGAGAAAAACUGCUGAUCAGCAGGGUCAGAAAUCUGAGUGUGUGGAUGAUUAUCACCAGCAUUUGUCCGGGCGAUCAUUGUUGCACCAUGUUGAGCCCUCCUCCCAGAUUCUUUGUGGUUAUCCAUUAUCGGUGUCAGCUAAGAAAGAAAGGGAUGGGGAUAUCAGUUGCAUGAAACCAGCGUCACUUAAAAGCAUCUCAAAGUUGGAUACAAAUUUCCAUUCCUAUCAGUAUUUAGAGCAGGAUUGCUACCUUAAAAAAUGUAGCAGCUCAAAGCAUAACGGUUCUAUGGCUGAGCUUCCAUUCCAGUCCCAAGAACAGAGUAGGGAUAUUCCAAGACCCCCAUUCCGAAGUUCAUCAGAUGUGGAGAAACCAAGCAGGAAUGGUGAUGUGAAACUUUUUGGUCAGAUUCUCACGCACCCCUUAUCUCAGCAGAAACCAAAUUCGAGUACAAAUGAUAAUGAAGACAAGUGUGCUCGACUUCGUGAAUCAAGUGGAAAGUCCUUCAACCUGAAGUUCACUGGCAAUCAUUGUACAGAUGGAAAUUCUGCUCUAGCUAAGGUUAACCGCAUUGAUUAUGUGGGUGUUGAGAAUCUUCCGAUGAGGAGCUAUGGUUUCUGGGAUGGGAACAGAAUACGGACAGGGUUCGCUUCUUUACCCGACUCUGCUAUUUUACUUGCUAAAUAUCCUACUGCCUUUGGUAAUUAUGCAACAUCCUUAUCCAAAAGUGAGCAGCAGCCAUUACGCAAUGUUGUGAAAAGUAGUGAAAGCACUUCGAAAGGUGUCUCGGUUCUUCCUCCGACAACAGAAAUAAGUAGCACCACCAAUGGAAUGGUUGAUUAUCAGGUGUACAAGAGCCGAGAUGGUAGCAGAGUGCAGCCUUUCAGAGUAGACAUGAAACAGCAAGAAGACUUAUUAUUCUGUGAGAUGCAGAGACGGAAUGGGUUUGAGGCAAUUGCAAGUGUUCAACAGCAAGCGAGGGGAUUGAUGGGGAUCAAUGUUGGGGGGAGAGGAGGGGGGGUCAUUGUGGGGGGAUCGUGCACUGGUGUUUCAGACCCUGUGGCGGCCAUUAAAAUGCACUACGCUAAAGCUGAACAGUACAGCGCACAGGCCGGGACCAUCACCAGAGAAGAUUCAUGGAGUUGUAAGAGGGACAUAGGCAGGUAGUAGGGGUGGGAAAGCGUCUUUAAGAAGGUCGCCUUGUAUAAUAACUUUUGUUGUAGCUUCAAUUCAGCAGCAAUAGGGCAAUGGACGGUUUCUCGAAUCCAGUCUUUUUGGUCACAAGGGUGUUAGGUGUUUGUAGUAUUGCAGCAGCAGCAGCUCUGUAUUUGUUGUAUUUGGUGGGAACACAGAAAUAAUCUGUUAUAGUUUGGGAGGAGGCAGAAUUUCAACUUCUGAUCCAUUGAUUCUUUUCCGGAUCGUCCUCCUUGUUUUAUUCAUGGGUUUUUACGGUGGUGUGUUGUAGUCCCUUCCCUGUACAUUCAUCGUGUUGUUUGAAAACGCUCAAAGUUUUCGCUUGAAUGUUUAGAGAAUCUAACAAGUGCCUUUACAUGAGUUUUUGGUUUCUUGCAAGUACUAGCCCGUUAGU